GCAUUAUCCAAACUUCUGUUUACAUCUUAUCGAAAUCAGAUGCAGCUGUUUGACAUGCUGCUGGGAAUUUUUGACGUCGCCCACUAUGCACACGUGCAUCUGGUGUAAUUUUUUACACUGCUCUGAAAAAAAAUUGCAAGUAUAGGGCACAUUGAGUACCUUUUGCCUCCUUUCCAUGUCUUUCUCUGCUUGCAGCGCUAAUGCACAUUCCUCAGCUUUAGGGGUGGCAUUGUGAUUUGCAUUGCAUUCACUUGAAUAAAACUGUACAACUGUAUCCCAUGUCUUAGCUUUGGUUCAGUGGGGAAGAAAGCUACUGCUAAGGCAUUGCAGUGUUUUAGAAGUCAUAAAAGGAAUGUCUGAACACUGCUGUUUUUAACUUCUCUUCUGUAACCACUUGCAGGUGUCAACGUUUGCACAACCAAGUCAAAGGAUGGCAACUGCUGGGCAGUGUUAGUUGUUACAAAGAUCAUGCAGCGGACGCAAGGCUUGGAAUCUGCAAGCGAGAUCAUAUUUUUGGACUCAACAGCCUCCUGCGAUGAGUCACAGGCUACCGUUACAGUAGCACUCGCAGCUACUCCAGUUGGUGCUUUACCGAUUGCCGUGCUUAUGCACAAUUCUCAGACAACGGAGAGCUACAAGACAGCCUUUGGCCUCUUGAAACAGAAAUAUCCCUUCUGUUUUGGUGGCUUACAUACCCCACAGUCAUUCAUGACUGAUAAUUCAGCGGCAGAAAAAGCAGCUCUGCAAGCAGUGUGGCCUGAAGCAACUCAGCUCCUCUGCCAUUUUCACGUGGCCCAGGCAGAAUGGCGUUGGCUGCAUGCAUCGAGCAACAAGAUCAGCCGUGACGAGAGACGGGAGCUGAUGACUGCUUUCCAGAAGGAUGCUGCCGAGGUGCUGAAACAAAUCCAUCAGGAGGAGUGGCGUUUUUACUCCUUGGCUGCAGACAACCCAUACUACCUCACUCUACUUGAACAGGUGCUGGCAGAAAUGAAGAAAGUGCACAAGGAACCUCAAGUGAUGGCUUCUUACUUUGCCCAGAAGGCUGCUUUUGCAAGUGCGAGGAGGCGUGGCCGCAUAAUCAAAGUUCAGCCGACUGGAAUAGCUAGACGUCGGCCAGGUGUGGCCAGAGGUUCAGGCAGAGUGCAAGCGGGUCGCCCUUCGAAACGUCCAGGUUGUAAAAAGACCAAGCGUCCACAUGCCUUGCACUUAAGCGUGAAGAGUGGUGUGGCACAUGCAAAGUCCCAUGGAACCGGCCACUGAACACCCAAUGCAGGCAGCAUUCAUGAAUGUUUGAACAGGUGAUAAUGUGGUAUGAAAAUGGCACCACUGACGGCCUGUGUAGCACAUACAAGCUUGCUGCGCUGCAGCCAUACCAAGAAGUGUUUGUUGCACAACAGUGUAUUGUAUUCUGAAAAUUGAACUGUCGUUUAACUUGCAUUGUCAUAGUACUUAAAGGGACACUAAAGAGA